CGGAAAUUGUGAAAAGGUCAGAAGUGUUUAGCACUUUCCAGCUAAGUUAGCAGAAUGACAUCUCCUCCAUUUGAAGAAGUUGAACUGAGCAAGAAACACGAAGAAAUGUGAGCUAUUGUCCAGUUAAACAAUUUGAGGGAAAUCUUGACCAUUAGUAACGUGUCGUUAAGGUUAGCUAACGCUAGUGAAAACCUGAAUGUGCUUGGUGUCUAACUUAGUCUAAUGUUAGCUCAGUCAGAACCAUGUAACGUUAACAUUAAGUUUAACCAAAGAUACUGAUAAACGGUAAAUGUAACUAAUGCUAACUAGCUGAUAAAAUAGGCAGCAGAUCCGAGCGGCUUGCUUACAGCUGCACUAGGGUAGGACAGCAUUCCUGUUUACACUGAGUACAUAUAACAUUAGGAAUACCUGCUCUUUCCAUGACAUAUAGACUGACCAGGUGAAAGCUAUGAUCCCUUAUUGAUGUCACUUGUUCAUUUCUGCUUCAAUCAGUGUAGAUGAAGGGGAGGAGACCAGUUAAAGAAGGAAUUUUAAAGCUUUAAGACAAUUGAGACAUGGAUUGUGAAUGUGUGCCAUUCAGAGGGUGAAUGGGCAAGACAACAGAUUUGUGCCUUUUGAACGGGUAUGGUAGUAGGUGCCAGGUGCACCGGUUUGAGUGUGUCAAGAACUGCAACGCUGCUGGGUUUUUAACGCGCAACAGUUUCCUGUGUAUCAAGAACGGUCCACCACCCAAAGGACAUCCAGCCAACUUGACACAACUGUGGGAAGCAUUGGAGUCAACAUGGGCCAGCAUCCCUGUGGAACGCUUUCGACGCCUUGUACGGUCCAUGCCUCGACUAAUUGAGGCUGUUCUGAGGGCAAAAGUGGGUGCAACUCAAUAUUAGUAAGAUGUUCCUAAUAUUUUGUACACUCAAUGUAUAUUAAGACACAGCGGAACCGACGAGAUAUUGCUCAGAAAACAUACCUCAAUCCAGGUAUGAGAAAUGCGGUAAACUCCGAAUUGUCCCAUUUAUCCCAACUGUUACACUGAGAAGAUUGAACAACUGCUCGUUUUUAAGUAAACUGACAAUGGCUUUUCCAAAAUGGCUGCUGUGGCUUCUGCUACCUAGCAUGAGGACGAAAAGGACAGUUUUCCGGAAAAACUAGCAGUUGGGAUAAUGGAACUAUUCGGAGUACAACGCAUUUCUCAUUCUUGGAUUGAGGUACGUUUUCCGAGCCAUAUCUCGCGUCGGCUCCGCGUGUCAUAAUAUACACAGGAAUAACGGUCUGACCCUAGGGCAGCUGUAAGCACGCGGAUCGGAUCUGCUGGCAAGCUGAUAAUUGCGUGUUCAAGAGCAUUAAAACAGUGAUGUAUCAUGGGUAAAUUGUGACUGAUUGAUCUACAAAUAAUAUUGAGUAGUUAUUUGUGAUGCAAGGUGAUUUGUAGAUCAGUCAGUCAGCAGUUGUCUGCACUGUCGGCUGCGAUGUCAAACAAGCCCAUUAGCUAACUUUAGUUAGCCCCCUGAGAGUUUGUUGAAAAUGUCCUAAUUGGCUUUGGCUUUCUGAAUAUCCAGAACAAAAGUAUAGCUAGCUCAAAUGUAGCUCUACUUGAAUAACUAGUGUAUGCAGAGCCUAAAGCUCAUUUUCACAUUGGAAGCAUAGUUAAGGAAGUCAUCCAUGUUGUGUCAGUCUAGGGAAGAGGGCUGUGCUCCUUCAGCAGAUGGAGAGUCGAUAUGAGCAACAGAAGAGCAAGAGGAGGCAGCAGGUGAAGCUGUCACAAGCGGCACAUGAGAGAAAUGCCCAACUCCUCCAGGUAUGAAUCUACCAAGUGCCUCUCAGACCUGCUGCUAGGUUCUCUACUUGAAUGUACACGUUCAGUGCAUGGCUUUUGAUGUGCAUGUUGAUGAGGCUGGUAUAGGCUUUGAAGGCUAUGUGAAAUGGAAUAGCUGAAUUUGUGAUAGGCUGAUCCUUUCUCCAACGACAGGACUUGCAGAAAAUUGAGAAUCGUCUCAGAACAAGAGAACUCCCACACCCUGACAUCCUCAGUUUGGAGGUAAGGGAUCUCUAAUAAGUAACAACAAAUUAACAAUGCAUGCCGUCUCUCUGAAGAUUCCCUAAUUUUCAAUGGGAGCUAUUUUGAGUUGUGUUGCAGCCUGACCCUACUGUACCUGAUAAUCAAGUACAGUCAGGGGUCACAGAUUGUUGGUGACACAGGCCGCUGUACUGUUCUAGACUCGUUACUGGGCAUCAGUUGAGGAGAAGAUCCCAGAAUGGGAGCGCUUCCUCCUGGGUAAGGGCCCACAUCCUAGCAGUGACCCUAGCAGAACACCGAAACAACGGAAACAGAAAACCACACCCAGAGACCAUGCCCCCACACAAGAUGGGGCUCUGCCUCCUCGUCCUAUACUGAAACAUGACAAAUGACUUGAAGUGGACAAUCUGUUUUGGCUUUUGACUUCAUCUUAUGUGAUCAAGCAAGGAGAAACUAAAAUCAGUCGACAGUUACACUAGUGUCAUAUGGGCUGUUUUCCUAUGAGAAGAACAGUAUUCUUAGCACCAACUGUAUUGAGUAGGCAUCAUGUUGAUUUACAUAUGUUUACACUGCAGCUCCUUUUUGUGCUCAGCCAUUUUGAUGUCUCAGGGUGAAGCUCAGAUUUAGCCUAUUUAGCCACAGUCUACAUAAUUGCUCCUCUUGAUUGCAAUGUUUACAAGCAAGGCUCACACUUUCAGUGUGAGGAUAUUGUCUGUAGCAAUUUAUGGGAAUCCCAUCAGAAUUUUAUUUGAAACAAGAAUAUGGUGUCUUUGAAUUCAUGGCUCAUAUCUGGCCACUAGGGGGAGGUAGCACCAUAGAUUUGGAUAACAAAGGCACAUUCCUUCAGUUAGUUAGCCUCAGGUCAUUCACUUCACCAUCUGUCACUCAUCAAUGAUUUAAUCAAAAUUGCUCUUAUUUAUUUGCAUAUAUUGUCUGUAUACUAGCUAUGUUCUUUUCUUAUUUAUACAGUAAAGCACUUUUUUUUGCUCAAACAUACUGUGCAAUAUCUUUUCUUUCUUUUUUUUACAAUCAAUGCUAAAGGUAUAUUAUAUAUUAUGGUAAACCUCAAGCCAUUCAUCAUUCAAUUACCGUCCCCAUUCUUGUUUAAGUUUAAGCAAUGUGCAUAUAUUUAACCAAUAAACAGUUUC